UUCCCAUUCGCGUCUCGUUUUGAAAACAAUGAAAAUUUUAAAAUGUUGAUACCAAAUUUGUGAUUUAAACCCUGAUAAAAGGGGAUGUUGGCCACCUUUUGGUGAUGAUGAGAGACGAAACCAUGCCGGAGUCGCAAGAGGAAGAAAGUAGUCCUGCCGCAUCGGCAGCAAACACAAAUAAUAUGCAGAUGGAACUGCAUUCUAAGGGAGCUGUGCUGACCAAAGCCUGGGCUGACCUGUUCAGUUUUUUAACGCAGUAUCAGGCGGAACUGACUGUGAAAGAAAAUGCUGUGGAAAUGGCGGAACGGGAGAUCAGUAUUCGUAAAAAGCAGCUCGAAGACAUGAAACCUGUUGUUGAUGUUGGAAAUGAUGAGGUUGUUAGAUUGCAGGAGUUGAUAACAAACAAAGAAAGACAAUUACACAAAGUGCAGUCAGACUCCAUGAUCAAUGAACAAAUGUUAAAGCGUGUACAAUCAGAUUUGACUUGCAAUCAAGAACUAGUUGAAAAGUUACGAAGUGAACUUCUCGAAAAACAAUCGAAUAUGGUGCGAUACAGAAAUGACUUGGAUCGAUAUAAGUCUGAUUUGAGUAUAAAGGAGGAACAGAUUCAAAUUAAAGACAGUCUAAUGAAAAAGAUGCAAAAUCAGCUGAUGAAGGAAAACACUGAACUCCGUGAUCAGUUGGAGUUGGAAAGAAGGGCACAUGAAUUGGAAAGGAAAACACAUGAAAUUACCAAAAGACAUUUACGUGAUAAGGAGAAAAAGAAAUCUUCCACUGUAUCUCAAGUAGCUGUGAGUGACAUACAAGAGCCUAGUCCACCUCUUGACCUCUCCGUCUUGGAACCAGACAACUUCGGAAUCUCAAACAUUGUUAGCUUGUCCCAAUCACCAACACAAGAACCUCAACAGCGAGCCCAAGAAUUGUCUCCAGAUUCGUCGAGCGGUGUCGAUUUCAAGGUGGAAGAAGAAGAAGGUGACCAGAGAUUUCGGUGGCAGACGACUGAUCGUUUGGACCGAAAAUCUAAAUACUCUGACUCUUCCUAUGAUGAACAAUCACAAAAAUUUACUGUUAUGAGUCCAAAAAGAAUAAAAGUUGAACCAGAAGCCGCCGAAGAGAGCGAAGUAUUCUUUCCACUAACAGUGUCAGACCAUGACACACUGAACACUUCACUAGCUGAUGAUCUGACAAUCCCUGCUCAGAUGCCAGGCACCCCUAGCUCAGGGACCAGUGACAGUAAUCCGGGCCCUGUACCGAUAUCAGGCCCGAUCCCGAGCACAAGCGCACUUGUAAUGCCCCCUGGUGCAGAGGGCGCUGAAAAGCCUGGAGUUUCUCAGGUGAAGGAGGCAGAUUCUCACGACUGGUUCUGCAGUUUGUGUGGGAAAUGUGGAAAUGGCAAGGAGUCUUUCCGGCUGCAUCUUAGGCUGUGUGCGCUAGAAAACAACAAGCAGAUAACAGGUUCUGAAACAGACAUUAUGCAGUUUAUGGUUCCGUUGGAUUCUUGUAAAUCACUAGUACAAAAUGAAUGCGUACCAGGCGUGUCUGAUCGCGAUCUGGUAACUACUAUGUGUAAUGAAUUCGUGUCAGAUAGUGACUUGGUAACCACGUGUAUGUGUGAAUAUUGCGGACUCGUGUUUGACAGUAAAUCCGAAUUAACAAACCAUUGCAUGGAACUCCAUUCCGACACUAAGAGACACAGAUGCGAAUUUUGCGGCUAUACCUUCUCGAGCAAGCGUGCUUUGACAACGCAUAAGAAAACACACGAGGAACCUCUGGGUUUCAAGUGUCAAAUCUGCAGUAAAAGUUUCCGCACUUCUCGAGGAUUAUCCACGCAUUUUGAACUAAAACACAAGAUUUCAGGCUCUAAUUAUCAGUGUGAGGUCUGUCGCCUAAGUUUUCCAACUUUAUGCAGUUGGAAGACUCAUUCAAAAGCCCAUCACCCGACGUCAGAAUCGCCCAUCACUUACAAGUGUGAGCUCUGUUGGCUAAGUUUUGCUAAUUCUCAGGAAUUGUCCUCGCACAUGGAACAAAGACAUGGUUAUUUUAUGUGUGAAGUGUGUCGGUUAAGCUUUUCUACUUCUCAGGGAUUAUCCUCACAUUUGGAACAAAAACAUGGCAAUUAUAAGUGUGAACUCUGUCUGCAAAGUUUCGAUACUUUGCGUAGUUUGAAGAAUCAUUUAAAAUCACAUGAUCCAAUAUCGGAAUCUUAUAAGUGUGAGGUGUGUGAACGUAAUUUCAGUAGCACCGCUGGUUUGAAGGUUCAUUCCAAAUCACAUGAAACGUGUAAAGUGCAUAAAUGUCGACAGUGUGGACAGGUAUUUGAUGACGAAGGCGAUUUGCUUACUCAUGCAAUGACGCAUCAUAAUGCUCCUUGUCGAUGUCUACAUUGUGGACUAUGUUUUAGCAACGAAUACAGUUUAGUUUUGCAUCUACGGAAACACACAUAGCACAAGUUCUCAUGUAGCGCAAAUGUUUGACUCGGAAAAAUCGCUGCCUGACAGUUUUUCAGUAGUACAUGCAGUUUGCAUUUGUUUCUCUAUGUACAGCAUCAAUGUAGAAAUCGAGGAGAGAUAUUCCCUCGUGAAAUGGAUUUGUUUCCCGAUGCCCGAUGCAAUCGAAUGAUCUCUUUAGAUGAGUCCCCAUAAAAGGCUCAAGCAUUUCUGGUUUUACACUACAGUGUUGGUAGUGCAUUGAAGCUUCAACAUGUGAAGCGUUCACUUUAUUUGGAUACAAGCUUUUGCACUUCAAAUUCAAACAAUGUUUUCUUUUGUUUAGUGAGUUUUAAAAGGAGCCCAUAUAGGGUUAAAAUUGGUAGUCUUCAUGUGAAUAAUACAGCUGAUGACAUACUCAUGUUUGAUUUGUGCUUUAUUUACACAGAAAAGCAUGCUGUGUAGUAGCUCAAUCAAAAGCUUUUAUACAACUUAUCAAGGAUGUACGCAGUCUAUGUAGCGUACAGACACAACUUGCUAAUAUCAAUGUUGGCAUGUAAAAUUACCCACACUAGAAAUGUCAUAUAAGGUAUCGCAAUGAACUAAUUUUCGAAUGCGCGUAUAAAUGAUAUCAAAUUAUUUUUAAUUCAAGUAGUUAAAUAUUUAAACUGAUUUGUUUUCACCGAAACUCCCCCUCCUAAAUGGAAUAUGUGAUAUGUAGAAUUUACGACCCCCAUGUUCAUACACAGGAAUCCACUUAUUGGUCAAUAAUGUCAUAACCUCCCUAUUAAGGACACCUCUCUAAUACGGACACCAAUGCCCAGU